AUGAGCCUGCCCACCAUGGCAAGCCCCACUCUGAGCCCUGACUCCUCAUCCCAGGAGGCCCUGUCAGCCCCCACGUGUUCCCCCACCUCUGACUCUGAGAACCUCAGCCCCAAUGAGCUGGAGCUGCUGGCCAAACUGGAGGAGCAGAACCGGCUCCUGGAAGCCGACUCCAAAUCAAUGCGCUCCAUGAAUGGCUCCCGGAGAAACAGCGGCUCCUCUCUGGUAUCCAGCUCCUCGGCCUCCUCUAACCUGAGCCACCUGGAGGAGGACACGUGGAUCCUGUGGGGCCGAAUCGCCAAUGAGUGGGAAGAGUGGCGGCGUAGGAAGGAGAAGCUGCUUAAGGAGCUCAUCCACAAGGGCAUCCCGCACCACUUCCGGGCCAUCGUGUGGCAGCUCCUGUGCAGCGCUACGAACAUGCCAGUCAAGAACCAGUACUCAGAGCUGCUCAAGAUGUCCUCGCCAUGCGAGAAGCUGAUCCGCAGGGACAUCGCCCGCACCUACCCAGAGCACGAGUUCUUCAAGGGCCAGGACAGCCUGGGCCAGGAGGUCCUCUUCAAUGUCAUGAAGGCCUACUCUCUGGUGGACCGGGAGGUGGGCUACUGCCAGGGCAGUGCCUUCAUCGUGGGCCUGCUCCUAAUGCAGAUGCCGGAGGAGGAGGCUUUCUGUGUGUUUGUGCGGCUGAUGCAGGAGUACCGCCUGCGGGAGCUCUUCAAGCCCAGCAUGGCUGAGCUGGGGCUCUGCAUCUACCAGUUUGAGUACAUGCUGCAGGAGCAGCUCCCGGACCUGAACACCCACUUCCGCUCCCAGAGCUUCCACACGUCCAUGUACGCCUCAUCCUGGUUCCUCACACUCUUCCUGACCACCUUCCCACUGCCUGUCGCCACUCGUGUCUUCGACAUUUUCAUGUAUGAGGGCCUGGAGAUCGUGUUCCGGGUAGGCCUCGCACUGCUGCAGGUGAACCAGGUGGAGCUGAUGCAGCUGGACAUGGAGGGCAUGUCCCAGUACUUCCAAAAGGUGAUACCUCAUCAGUUUGACAGCUGCCCAGAUAAGCUGAUCCUCAAGGCUUACCAGGUCAAGUACAACCCUAAGAAGAUGAAGAGGCUCGAGAAGGAAUACGCGGCCAUGAAGAGUAAAGAGAUGGAGGAGCAGAUCGAAAUCAAAAGGCUUCGAACAGAGAACCGACUUCUGAAACAGCGGAUUGAGACCCUGGAGAAGGAGAGCGCUGCUCUGGCUGAUAGGUUAAUCCAGGGACAGGUGACACGGGCGCAGGAGGCCGAGGAAAACUAUGUCAUCAAGCGGGAGCUGGCGGUGGUGCGGCAGCAGUGCAGCUCGGCCACGGAAGACCUGCAGAAGGCGCAGAGCACCAUCCGGCAGCUGCAGGAGCAGCAGGGUAACCCUCGCCUCACCGAGGACUUUGUGGCCCGCCUGGAGACUGAGCUGGAGCAGUCACGGCUGCGGGAGAUGGAGACACUAGGGGCCCUACGGGAGAUGCAGGACAAGGUUCUAGACAUGGAGAAGAGGAACAGCUCCCUACCUGAUGAGAACAACGUGGCCCAGCUGCAGGAGGAGCUCAGGGCACUCAAGGUGCGGGAGGGCCAGGCCGUGGCCUCCGCGAGGGAGCUGAAGCUGCAGCUGCAGGAGCUCUCGGACACCUGGCAGGCCCACCUGUCCCGCGGGGGCCGCUGGAAGGAGUCCCCGCGGAAGCUGGUCCUGGGCGAGCUGCAGGACGAGCUGAUGAGCGUGCGUCUGCGAGAGGCCCAGGCCCUGGCCGAGGGCAGAGACCUGCGGCAGCGCGUGGUGGAGCUGGAGACGCAGGACCACAUCCACCGCAACCUUCUGAACCGCGUGGAGGCGGAGCGCGCGGCGCUGCAGGAGAAGCUGCAGUACUUGGCCGCGCAGAACAAGGGGCUGCAGACCCAGCUGAGCGAAAGCCGCCGCAAGCAGGCCGAGGCCGAGUGCAAGAGCAAGGAGGAGGUGAUGGCGGUGCGCCUGCGGGAGGCGGACAGCAUGGCCGCGGUGGCUGAAAUGCGGCAGCGCAUCGCGGAGCUGGAGAUCCAGCGGGAGGAGGGCCGCAUCCAGGGCCAGCUGAACCACUCGGACUCCUCGCAGUACAUCCGGGAGCUCAAGGACCAGAUAGAGGAGCUGAAGGCCGAGGUACGACUGCUGAAGGGCCCGCCGUCCUUCGAGGACCCACUGGCCUUCGACGGGCUAGGGCUGGCACGGCACCUGGAUGAGGACUCGCUGCCAUCGUCCGAUGAGGAGCUGCUGGGCAUGGGCGUGGGCACAGCCCUGCAGGAUACACUCUACCCACUGUCCCCCCAAGACGCCCGCUUCCUCCGCAGCCUGGAGCGGCCAGCCAAGGACAGCGAAGGCAGCUCCGACAGCGACGCCGAGGAGCUGACCACACCCUACAGUCAGGGCCUGGACAACUGA